ACCCCAAAAAACCAAAAAUUAAAAGGCCUCCCUCCUCUCCCCCUCCUCCCCUCCGCGAUAAAAAUCCGCCGCCGCCGCCGCUCCUAGGGUUCCGGCGCCGCCCCUCUCCUCGCUCCCACGGUUCCACGACCCUUCUCCCUUCACCCGCCGCCGCCGCCGCCGCCGCCAUGGCGGACAAACUAAGGGAUCUGAGCCAGCCCAUAGACGUCCCGCUGCUUGACGCCACUGUCGCCGCCUUCUACGGCACCGGAUCUAAGGAAGAGAGGAAUGCCGCCGAUCAGAUACUGCGAGAUCUACAAAAUAACCCAGAUAUGUGGCUGCAGGUGGUCCACAUUCUGCAGAAUUCCCAGAACUUGAACACCAAGUUUUUUGCCCUCCAAGUACUUGAAAGUGUUAUAAAGUAUAGGUGGAAUGCAUUACCAACUGAACAACGUGAUGGCAUCAAGAAUUACAUAUCUGAUGUUAUUGUCCAGCUCUCUAGUAACGAAGCUUCUUUUCGGCAAGAGAGACUUUAUGUUAAUAAACUCAACAUUAUACUGGUGCAGGUUCUGAAGCAUGAGUGGCCAGCCAGGUGGUCAUCUUUCAUUCCUGACCUUGUUGCAGCCGCAAAGAGUAGUGAAACCAUUUGCGAAAACUGCAUGGCUAUAUUGAAGCUUUUGAGCGAAGAAAUUUUUGAUUUUUCAAGAGGUGAAAUGACACAACAGAAGAUUAAAGAACUGAAAUCUUCACUUAACAGUGAAUUUCGUCUCAUUCAUGAGCUAUGUUUAUAUGUCCUAUCUGCAACACAAAGACCUGAGCUCAUCCGCGCCACACUGGCUACACUUCAUGCUUUCUUAUCAUGGAUCCCAGUGGGCUUCAUAUUUGAGUCACCUUUGCUGGAGACGUUGCUGAAGUUCUUUCCUGUGGCUGCUUAUCGGAACCUUACACUCCAGUGCCUCACUGAGGUUGCUGCUCUUCAGUUUGGUGAUUUUUAUAAUAUGCAGUAUGUGAAGAUGUAUACAAUUUUCAUGAUGCAGUUGCAGGCUAUUCUUCCUCCUGGAACAAUUCCUGAUGCCUAUGCCAAUGGUUCUAGUGAAGAGCAGGCAUUCAUACAAAAUCUAGCCCUUUUUUUCACUUCUUUCUUUAAGAAUCACAUGCGAAUAUUGGAGGCAUCUCCAGAAAAUAGAGCUGCAUUACUUCUGGGCCUUGAGUACCUCAUUGGAAUUUCAUAUGUUGACGACACAGAGGUUUUUAAGGUUUGUUUGGAUUACUGGAAUGUGUUUGUUUUAGAGCUCUUUGAAGCACAUAAUCAAAUGGAGCCCGCAGCAUCUGUAAACAUGAUGGGACUUCAGGCUCAGAUGCUCCCUGGAGUUGAUGGCACUCUAACAGCUGUUCAGCAGAGGCGUCAGCUUUACUCAGGUCCACUGUCAAAGUUACGAAUGUUGAUGAUUUGUCGGAUGGCAAAGCCAGAGGAGGUAUUGAUUGUGGAAGAUGAAAAUGGAAAUAUUGUACGUGAAACAAUGAAAGACAAUGAUGUUCUUGUUCAGUAUAAGAUUAUGAGGGAAACACUAAUCUACUUGUCUCAUUUGGACCACGAGGAUACAGAGCAGCAAAUGCUGAAGAAACUAAGUAAGCAAUUAAAUGGAGAAGACUGGAGUUGGAAUAACCUCAAUACCCUCUGCUGGGCAAUUGGAUCAAUAUCUGGUUCUAUGGUGGAGGAACAGGAAAAUAGAUUCUUAGUAAUGGUCAUUCGUGAUCUAUUAAAUCUCUGUGAAAUCACAAAGGGGAAGGAUAAUAAAGCUGUGAUUGCCAGUAACAUAAUGUAUGUUGUUGGUCAGUACCCAAGAUUUCUCAGGGCUCAUUGGAAGUUUUUGAAAACAGUGGUUAACAAAUUAUUUGAGUUCAUGCAUGAGAUGCAUCCUGGAGUUCAGGAUAUGGCGUGUGAUACUUUUCUGAAAAUUGUCCAGAAAUGCAAACGCAAAUUUGUCACACAACAGGUGGGCGAGAACGAACCAUUUGUUUCUGAACUGUUGUCCAGCCUUGCUACAACAAUUGCUGAUCUUGAGCCGCACCAGAUUCAUACUUUUUAUGAAUCGGUUGGCCACAUGAUUCAAGCUGAAUCUGAUAACACUAAGAGAGAUGAAUACCUCAAAAGAUUGAUGAGCCUCCCUAACCAGAAAUGGGCUGAGAUAAUUGGACAGGCAAGCCAAAGCAUUGAUAUCCUGAAGAAUCAAGAUGUUAUUAGAUCUGUUCUUAACAUUCUUCAGACAAACACAAGUGUUGCUAGCUCACUUGGACCACACUUUUUCCCUCAAAUUUCUCUAAUCUUCCUGGACAUGUUGACAGUUUACAGAAUGUACAGUGAGCUUGUUUCAAGCACCAUUGCUGAAGGAGGCCCUUUUGCCUCAAGGACCUCCUUUGUGAAACUCCUUAGAUCUGUUAAGAGGGAAACAUUGAAAUUGAUUGAGACUUUUGUGGACAAAGCUGAAGACCUACCACACAUUGGGAAACAAUUUGUUCCUCCUAUGAUGGAUCCUGUUCUUGGUGACUAUGCUAGAAAUGUUCCUGAUGCUAGGGAAUCUGAAGUCCUGUCCCUGUUUGCGACAAUCAUAAACAAGUACAAAGGUGAAAUGCUUGAAGAUGUGCCUCGCAUAUUUGAGGCUGUCUUCCAAUGCACUCUCGAGAUGAUAACUAAAAACUUUGAAGAUUACCCGGAGCACCGCCUCAAAUUUUUCUCUUUACUUCGUGCUAUUGGUACCCAUUGCUUCCAAGCAUUAAUUCAGCUUUCAAGUCAGCAAUUGAAACUUGUGAUUGACUCAAUCAACUGGGCAUUUAGACAUACAGAGAGAAACAUUGCAGAGACUGGUCUCAGUCUAUUGCUGGAAAUAUUAAAGAACUUUCAGGCCGCAGGAUUUCAAAAUCAGUUCUACAAAACCUACUUUUUGAAUAUUGAACAAGAGAUCUUUGCAGUUCUGACAGAUACAUUCCACAAACCUGGUUUUAAGCUUCAUGUUUUGGUGCUUCAGCACUUGUUUUGUGUGGUUGAUGGUCUGACGGAGCCUCUCUGGGAUGCAUCCUCAGUACAGUACCAAUAUACUGACAACGCUAUGUUUGUCCGAGAUUACACAAUAAAACUUUUAGGUUCAUCAUUUCCUAAUAUGACACCUGCUGAGGUUACCAAGUUUGUCGAUGGGCUUCUUAGCUCAAAACAUGACCUUCCAAGCUUCAAAAACCAUAUAAGGGACUUCCUGGUGCAAUCAAAGGAGUUCUCGGCUCAGGAUAAUAAGGAUCUAUACGCUGAAGAGGCUGCUGCACAAAGGGAAAGGGAGCGUCAACGAAUGCUUGCUAUUCCAGGGCUCAUUGCCCCAAGCGAGUUACAAGAUGAGAUGGUAGAUUCAUAAUUACGUGAUUCUGCCUUGCUAAUCCAGUUCCAUUUCUUGCUUUGGCCUCCAAACCUCUGGAGCCCUCAACAUCCCAUUGCCCAGAGUUCUCAUCCAGGGUGGUGAAAGAAGGUGCCUGCUGUAAUGUUAUGUUUGGUUACCUCCACUUGGUGCUGAUUGCGAGAUUUCUGCUAGUUAAUAGGAAAGGCCAACUCAAUUUUGUCACAAGAGCUGUUUUGGACUGCCAUUGUUUUGCAGUAUGUGAGUUGUCAGGUUAAUGUGAUGACAGCAGCUCUUGUGCUCUUGUAUUCUGCUAACAUUGCUGCGUGUGCUGGGCCAUCAUAUAGUAUGAUCACGGUACAACAUUGUAUCAUGAUUUUUAGUUUAGUUUAUAGAUCGGCCGCAUUCUGUAUUGGAGACAUGAUUCAGGAUAGAAACUUAUAUCCCUAGUGUACUAUUUUGUGAAA